CGACACGCCAUUCCUUCGCGCAUAGAGGACCCCAAGCCCUAGACAGCCAGCCUGAAAUCCCAAAUCCAGACCCCGGCUUCCCCCAGAUUCUUCGACCGCAAAUCUCGAGAUGCCGAAGAAGAUGGGCGUCAACUCCAAGGCGGAGGCCGCCCGCGAGCGCCGCUCCGCCGAGGAGUCGGACCGCCGCCAGCGCGCCGAGCGCGCCAAGGAGGAGGAGUACUGGCGCGAGGCCGAGGGCUCCAAGUCCCGCGCCGCGCGCCGCCGCGAGGAGGACGCCGAGAAGCGCGCCGAGGCCGCCGCCCGCAAGGCCGAGAACCGCCGCCUCGCCGAGGCCGAGGCCGCCGCCGUCGCCUCUGCCGUCUCCAAGACGGACGCCCGCAAGGCCAGCCGCGUCGGCGCCCCGGCCCCCAAGGUCACCGAGGCCGAGCUCGUGCGCCGCCGCGAGGAGGAGCGCCUCCGCCUCGAGCGCGAGGCCGAGGCCGCCAAGAAGCGCGCCGCGCGCACCGCCGAGGAGGAGGAGUACGAGCGCGUCGUCCUCGUCGCCAACACCAACAGGGACGACUCCGUCAUCGAGGCCUCGGGCGUCGACGAGGCCAUCGUGCGCUUGUCGCUCGUUGACUCGGAGGCGGCCUUGCCCGCUGACAGGCAUCCUGAGCGUCGCCUCAAGGCAUCAUUCAAGGCAUUUGAAGAGGCAGAGCUCCCUAGGCUGAAGGAAGAAAAGCCAGGCCUAACACUGAAACAGUACAAAGACAUGAUAUGGAAGCUAUGGAAGAAAUCCCCAGACAACCCUCUGAACAAGGCAACUGAGUGAGGAUGCACUCGCAGUUCCGAAUGGUAGGAUUCUAAGGGAUCCAACGGAACAGGACUGUAGCUGCCUCUGUAUCUUUGACCGUGGAGUGAAAUUAUGUGCGGGCAGAGCUUGAACCAAAUACUCGAGCUUCUCGGCAAAUAAUCAACAAACCGAUGCAGUGUAUAUUCUGAGAGUUGCUUUUGAUUAGAAAUUUUGUCCAAGUUCCUGUUGUACUUAGUUAUGUUUGGGGCAUGUUGGUACUUGAGUUUUGAACAGUUGGCAAAUUUGAACUAUGGCUACUAUAGGUUAUGCCAUUUUCUC